AUGUCUGAAUACAAGCUCUCCGCUUCUUUGGAAGGCCACGGCGAUGAUGUACGCGCUGUGGCCUUCCCAAAUAGCAAGACUGUGGUAUCAGCCUCGCGUGAUGCUACAGUUCGUAUUUGGAAGCAAGUAUCGUUUCCGCCGCCAGCCUACGACCACACGAUCUCAUCUCAUGGAUCUGCAUUUGUCAAUUCACUCGCAUACUAUCCUCCCAGCAACGAGUAUCCGGAAGGCCUGGUCUUCUCUGGCGGUCAAGACACAAUAAUCGACGCUCGUCAGCCGGGAAAGGCUUCCGGUGAUAAUGCGGACGCGAUGUUAUUGGGCCAUGGUCACAAUGUAUGCUCGAUCGAUGUCUGCCCCCAAGGGGGUUGGGUUGUUAGCGGCAGCUGGGAUUCAACGGCAAGAUUAUGGCGCAUAGGCAACUGGGAGACCAAUGUUGUCUUUGACGGGCAUCGGGGGAGUGUGUGGGCUGUGUUGGCUUACGACAAGGACACUAUUAUUACAGGCCCCGUAGGAUGUGCUGACAACCUUAUCCGUGUUUUUAAUGCCUCGGGAAAACUCUUGAAAACAAUCAAGGAUUCGCGAGACGUCGUGCGAGCUCUAUGCAAGCUUCCCGCUGGCCAUCCUUCCGGUGCCCACUUUGCCUCUGCGGGGAACGACGGAAUAGCAAGGCUUUUCACACUUAAUGGCGACCUUCUAGGAGAACUCCAUGGUCAUGAAAGUUUUAUUUAUUCGGUAGCAGUAACCCCGUCAGGCGAGCUCGUGACCUCUGGAGAAGAUCGUACAGUCAGGAUAUGGAGAGGAAACCAGUGUGUUCAGACAAUCACGCACCCCGCUAUAUCUGUAUGGAGUGUUGCAGUAUGCCAAGAGACUGGUGACAUCGUCACGGGUGCAAGUGAUCGUAUCGUCAGGGUUUUCACCAAGGACCAAGGUCGGCAGGCUGACUUAGCAGUUUUGCAACAAUUUGAAACCGCUGUCAAGGAAUCAGCAAUACCACAACAGCAGGUAGGCAACAUUAACAAGGAGAAACUUCCAGGGCCAGACUUUCUCAAGCAAAAAUCUGGUACCAAGGAUGGCCAGGUUCAGAUGAUUAGGGAAGACAAUGGCAGCAUCACAGCCCAUACCUGGUCGUCGGCAACGCAGGAAUGGAUUGCAGUUGGUACUGUUGUGGACUCGGCAGGUAGUUCUGGGAGAAAGACUGAGUACCUAGGACAAGAUUAUGACUAUGUUUUUGACGUGGACAUCGAGGAUGGAAAACCGCCUUUGAAGCUGCCUUACAACCUCUCUCAGAACCCGUACGAGGCUGCAACGAAGUUCAUAGGUGACAAUGAGCUCCCGAUAGGGUAUUUAGAUCAAGUGGCCAAUUUCAUAACUCAAAAUACGCAAGGUGCGGCAAUCGGCCAAGCCGCAGAGCCGCAGCAAGCAUCCGCCCCUGAUCCCUGGGGUCAAGACAAACGAUAUCGUCCAGGAGAUGCCGCUGCUGCAUCGAUAUCGGAGACACGUCAAAAUGUACUUCCCCAGAAAACGUACCUCUCGAUUAAAUCAGCAAAUAUCAAGGUGAUAACAAAAAAAUUGUCGGAGUUGAACCAACAAAUUGUUUCUUCAGGCAACAAGGACCUUUCUUACAAUCCACCAGAGCUAGCUACGCUUUUAGAUUUAUGCAAUCAAUUAGAGAAUACAGGCUCACUCCCCAAGGAUCCUAGGGCAGUGGAGGCUGGCAUACAACUUGUUUUGAAGGCAGCCCUUAAAUGGCCCACUGCAAAUCGAGUUCCUGGUCUUGACUUGCUUCGACUUCUGGCGGCGGCGACGCCUGUGACGGCUCAAGUACGAUAUGAAGAUCAGGAUAUCAUUGACUCACUUCAACAGAGUGGAGUAUUCCAGAGUCCCGUCACUAUCAACAAUGCAAUGCUUGCCAUUCGUUUCUUUGCAAACCUAUUUGAGACUCCUCUCGGUGGUGAUCUUGCUGCCACUAAAUUCGACACCAUUCUCCAAAUGGUGUCCUUAGUUGCGACUGUGGGUGAUGCAACGCCAAAUCGCAACAUUACCAUCGCUGCUACAACACUGUACAUCAACUACUCAGUGUACUUCACUUCUGAGGGACGGGUGCAAAGUGUGGAGUCGGCGGAGCACGCACUUCGGCUUCUUGAGGAACUAUCUAAGAUUCUAGCGAAUGAGAAGGACUCCGAGGCGGUGUAUCGCGCCCUAGUGGCGCUGGGAACUCUUGUGAAAGCUUCUGGUGAAGAAGUGAAGAGCGCUGCCAAGGAGAUUUAUGACCUUGAUAGGCUAUUAAGCAAAGUCUCCAGCUCCAGUGCAGGACGCGAGCCUCGCGUAAAGGGGGUAAUUGGGGAAAUUCGAAGUGGCAUUUGA